UCGUACAUUUGUUUAUAAGUCCCGCCUUAUGGCCAUGAACUCACACAACCUCUCAAGGUUUCCUUCGAACAACAUCUCUUUGUUUCAUUGGACUGGAUUCAUCAGAUUCAAAAUGCCACCAGCAAGGAGAGAGCCGCGGUACAGUGUGCAGGAUGUGAUUGAGAUCAUCCAAAAUGGUGAGAGUGAAGUUGAGAUGGAACUCAAUGACACUGAUGAGAGUGAUGAAGACUCAGAUGAAGAUGUCUGUCAACAAGUGGACAAAGAAAACCAACCACCCAUGGACCGUCCAGCUGAUAAUUACGUGGACAUCGAGCCAAAAACAAACCAACACACCAUGCCCCGUGACGGGUAUCGCUGGCUGAAAAAAGAUUUCAUCAGUCCCAACACUGAUUUUUCUGGUCUGGAUAUCACAGGAGAUGACAUUUCCCUCCACACACCAUUGGAAUACUUCCAGAAGUUUGUGUCCGAAGACAUGAUUGAGGCUCUGACACAAAACACAAAUGAGUACAGCUUUCAGACACAUGGAACAUCUGUAAACACCACUGCAAAGGAAAUUGAAAAAGUGUUUGGCAUGUACCUGAAGAUGGGCCUAGUACAGAUGGCUGGAAGCCGUAUGUAUUGGGAGACAGAGACACGGUACUCCCCUGUUGCUGAUGUGAUGCCACGCAACAGAUUCCAGUCCCUGUUGACGUCAUUACAUUUUGUAAACAACAUGACCGUAUCCGAGGCGGAAAAGAGAGACAAUCUAUGGAAACUCAGACCAUGGCUUGAUUCAUUCAGAGAGAGAUGCCUGCAGGUGGUACCAGAAGAGCACAACUCUGUAGAUGAGAUGAUGACGAUAACCUACAUUGACGUUGAGAGGCCUUACGUUGUUGGUGCCUACAACAAGCACGUGGGAGGUGUGGAUUUGUUGGACUCAUUUACAGCCAAAUAUAAGUUCCCCAUCAAAUCCCGUCGCUGGUACAUGCACAUCUUCUGGCACACCAUCAUCCUCGCUGUGGUCAAUGCCUGGCUCCUCUACAAGCGGGACUGCAAGGCUCUCAAGAUGUCUAGCAAAGAGACAAUGAACAGGAGACAGUUUCAGGCACAGCUAGCAUCCUCUCUCAUCUUGGUAAACGCAACACUUCAAACUCCAAAGAGAGGACGGCCAUCUCCAGGCCAAGGGAGCCCAGCAACACAGGCAGUGACAUCAGGAAGCCCUCUGAACGCUCAGAAGAGACCGUCCAAGAGAUGUGCACACCUCCCAUUGGAUGUGCGCAGGGACCUAGUUGCACAUUUCCCACGCAAGACAGGGAGAGGACGCUGCAGACACUGCAGUAAAGGAUACACCAACACGCAGUGCAGCAAGUGUGAUGUUCGCCUUUGCUUUUCAGAGGACAAGAACUGUUUUUGGGACUUUCACAACCAAUGA